AGCGCCCUAUGCGAAAUUUUAAGGUAUGACUAGUGUUUUUUUUUAAUUGGGCGGUAGAAACGACUUCCUGUACAGCAAAGACCUACGUUCCCUGGUGGUGUCAGCUUUUACAGCUGUUCAGAGGCAGCGAUAAAUCAUCGUUUCUCCUUCAAUCUGCGUCAUGCACUGAGGCUCACAGAGAAUAUUAAACUGCACUCAGAACUGAAGGUUCUCAGUUGGUCUUGGAAACCUCAAACGGCGCCUGUAGUUUUCUUUCUCCCCGUAAAUAGCACCACAUGUUAACCGGCGUUUGGGGAACGAAAAUAAAAGGGCAGGUCCCGAUAUUUAUCGAAGAUAACCGAAGCGAUACGAAGCUCCGGGGUGCCCGAAGUGCGGCGGGGUGACGUCAUUCAGCCAGGAUGUGUAAACAACAGCAGUAGGAAUGGGAGCUCGUGAGGAGACGCGGGUUCAACCCCUUUAUUGAUACAGCGGUGACGACACGCUUCGGCAGCGUCCGUAAGGAUAGUACUGAGAUACGGAAGCCAGAAGGACGCUCCUGUUAGAUGUUAAGACGGGCAAAUCCACAGCUCCCCUAAGCCUCGUCCGAGCCCCAAACCCGGAUCUGUCCGAGAUUUCUCGUGUGACACGGGGAGCGACGCACUGGUGCGGGGGGCUGGGGAAACUGUCUGCAAGCCGGGGGGACAUGUCACUCAAGGCGGGCGAGGGGAUGGCGUUGUGAGGGCACAAGGGUCCGGGCGGCUGCCCCAUCGUCCGCCGGGCCGAGGAGAGGCAGGGGCCGGCUGCACUACGCGUCUGCAUCCGAGGAGACGAGGGGAAAAAAAAAGGGGCAGACGGACCCGGAGUGCGGAGACUCGCAUGUCUCUUGUUCGGUUCUGCUUACGUGAAGGACUUCCGGAGUCUUUUUUUUAAACCAACUGUUCCUCUCCGGCCGGGAGUCCUCAGAUGCUGAGCGUACUGGCCGACGGCAGGCGUCUGGGGGGUAACAACUGCCGAAGGGCGACACUAUUCAGAGCACAAACUGGUCGGGAUCUAGCUGGGGGCACCUGCCGGCUGCACGUCGCCAUGGCGACCCGGAGCUGCUGGAAGUCGCGGCACAAGUCCGGUACCGCGGCGGGUCCGGCCGCCCUUCUGGCGCUGUGUCUCGGUCUGUGUCAGACCGCCGCCGGGCAACACGCCGGAGCAGCGGCCAAGACCGUGGUCCAGAAGGACGGGGAGUUCGACACCACGUACAACGACACGGCGAACAGCGAGCAGCAGACGAUCUACGCCUUCAACCACACCGUCUCCCGGAACAAGACCGAAGGGGUACGAGUGUCAGUGAUUGUGUUUUCAGAUGGGGCAGAAAAUCCCAUCUCGUUUGUCGUCCGUCAGAAACAGGCUGUCGUCUCCUUCCAGGUGCCUCUCAUUCUUCGUGGCCUUUACCAGCGGAAGUACGCUUACCCACACGUGGGGCGCACCUUGUGUCAGCCGCCCGCCCGCGCCGAGAUGGAGACACAGUUCUUCUUUGUGGACGUGUCCACGCUGUCCCCUGCGAGCGUGCAGUACCAGCUCCGCAUCAGCCGAGUGGAAAGCUUCACGCUGCAGACGAACAAGAAGUCCAGCUUCACUGCUACUCCGUCCCAGCCGCAGUAUUUUAAGUACGUGUUCCCAGAGGGCGUAGAUUCAGUGGUAGUGAAGGUGAACUCUGAGAUGACUUUCCCCUGCUCUGUCAUCUCUAUCCAGGACAUCCUGUGUCCUGUGUAUGAUCUGGAUAACAAUGUGGCCUUUAUUGGGAUGUACCAGACCAUGACCACAACAGCAGCCAUUACUGUACAGAGAAAAGAUUUUCCCAGCAACAGUUUCUACGUGGUGGUUGUGGUAAAGACAGAGGACGAGGCCUGUGGCGGGCCUCUGCGCUUCUACCCUCUGCAGCCAGAUGAGCUCAUCGAUGCCGGGAAUCGCAGCAAAGCGCUGGAUGUGCUGGUGUCUCCUGCCAUCAAACCGGAGGUGUAUGUGAUGGGGAUGCUGUUCUGUUUGGGGAUCUUCCUCUCCUUCUACCUCCUCGCCUUCCUCGUUGCAUGUCUGGAAAACAAAAGGCUGCACAGGAAAAGAGAGGGCCUGAACACUCCAGAUGCGUCGCCUGCAGAGACAGCCUCUCUCCUCGGGAAGGGCCUUACCCCUGCCUCCCUCUGCCAGCCCUAUGACUACGGCUCCUUUGACAAUGGCAGCACUGUGAGCUCUGAGGCUGUCACUGACAGCAUGGCUUCAGGUGAUGCCCAUUACAUGGGACAGGAUCACUUCAAACGGCGAUCAGUCACAGUACAGCACUUCACCAUUCACAUUGAGCGUCCUCUGGACCAUGUAAACCGGGGCAGACAGGAGUCUCUCAGCUCUGUGGAGGAGGAUGAUUAUGACACGCUGGCUGACAUUGAUUCUGACAAGAAUAUUGUCCGCACCAAGAAGUACCUCUGUGUGUCUGACCUGGCUCGCAAGGACAAGAGAGUGCUGAGUAAAAAAUACCAGAUAUACUUCUGGAAUAUUGCCACUAUCGCAGUCUUCUAUGCAUUGCCUGUCGUCCAGCUGGUCAUAACCUAUCAGACGGUGGUGAAUGUGACAGGGAAUCAGGAUAUCUGCUACUAUAACUUCCUGUGUGCACACCCCCUAGGAGCUCUGAGUGCCUUCAAUAACAUCCUCAGUAACCUUGGCUAUGUGAUGCUGGGGCUGCUCUUCCUGCUUAUUGUCCUGCAGAGGGACAUUCUCCACAAGAGGGCGCUGAUGCGCAAUGAGCUGUCAGCGCUGGAGUGUGGGAUCCCCAAGCACUUUGGACUGUUCUAUGCCAUGGGCACUGCACUCAUGAUGGAGGGGCUCCUGAGUGCCUGCUAUCAUGUCUGUCCCAAUUAUACUAACUUCCAGUUUGACACUUCUUUCAUGUACAUGAUCGCGGGGCUCUGCAUGCUGAAGCUGUACCAGAAGAGACACCCUGAUAUCAAUGCCAGCGCCUACACUGCCUAUGCCUGCCUGGCCGCAGUCAUCUUCUUCUCUGUGCUGGGUGUGGUGUUCGGGAAAGGCAACACUGUGUUCUGGAUUGUGUUCUCCGUCAUCCACAUCCUGGCCACCCUGCUGCUCAGCAUACAGCUGUACUACAUGGGCCGCUGGAGGCUGGACUCGGGGGUAGUUCGCAGGAUGUUGUAUGUCGUGUACACAGACUGUAUACGCCAGUGCAGUGGACCCAUGUAUAUUGACCGUAUGGUGCUACUGGUGAUGGGGAACAUUGUCAACUGGUCUCUUGCUGCCUAUGGGCUGAUCGUGAGACCCAAUGACUUUGCCUCCUACCUCUUGGCCAUCGCCAUCUGCAACCUGCUGCUCUACUUCGCCUUCUACAUCAUCAUGAAGCUCCGCAGUGGUGAGCGGAUCAAGCUGAUGGCGCUGGUGUGCAUCUUCUUCACUGCAGUGGUCUGGGGCUUCGCACUCUUCUUCUUCUUCCAGGGUCUCAGUACCUGGCAGAAAACGCCAGCAGAGUCUCGGGAACACAAUCGCGAUUGUAUUCUGCUCAGCUUCUUUGACGACCAUGAUAUCUGGCACUUCCUGUCAUCUAUUGCCAUGUUUGGCUCAUUCCUGGUUCUUCUUACUCUUGAUGAUGACUUGGACUGUGUUCAAAGAGAUAAGAUCUACGCCUUCUGAAAGAAAUACUGCCCUUACAGCUCUCAAGCAGACCAAUCGUGACCUGUGUUAAAAUGGCACAUAUGACACAUCCACCUGGAGGGGUUCCCCCCCACUUCACUCUUUGAUACCUGUCCUGUCCACCUGUGUGGAGAAUCCAUUUGCCAAUCAAAGAAACUGGGUCACCUGACCAUGCCGGAGCUCCGCCCAUCGCCUUUAUUCAUGUUGUUAGUAAUAUGGAUGUUACAGAUGUCACCACUCUCUUUGUUACAUUAACGUCAACACGACUGACAUGAAAGGACCUUAUAUCCGUCUAGAAGGCAUUGUUGGGGAGUUUUGUGUGUCAAUGUAUGUAACUGAGCACACAUAGUGUGUGGGGUUUAAGAGUUUGUGUGUGUUUAGUGUCUGCUACUAGAAAGAGGCCUGUGUUUCCAUCUAAUAUGGUCAGUGAAGCAGGACAAGAUCCACUGUUUUUGCUAAAAGAUUGUUACAGGGUUCAGAUUCAUUUAUAAGCAGAACAGAGAGUGUGCUUUUGCACUGUAAAACAACUUUAUGUAAAAAUAAAUAUCAAAUUUUCAAUACUG